AUGAGCUUUGCCGCAGCCAAGCCAGUCCUUUAUAGCUAUUUCCGAAGUUCCUGCUCAUGGAGAGUGAGAAUCGCACUUGCUCUGAAAGGGAUUUCCUAUGACCAGGUGCCAGUCAACCUCCUGAAGGAUGGGGGGCAGCAGUUUUCUGCUGAAUUCAAGGCAAUUAAUCCAAUGCAGCAAGUCCCAGCCUUGAAAAUUGAUGGCAUCAUCCUUUCUCAGUCACUAGCUAUAAUUCAUUACCUAGAGGACACCCAUCCUAACCCCAGGCUCCUUCCCCAGGAUCCAAAGAAGAGAGCCCAAGCCAGAAUGAUUGCUGAUCACAUUGUUUCUGGCAUUCAGCCACUCCAGAACCUGAGCAUCCUGAAUCAAAUGGGGGAGAAAAAAAUGGAAUGGGCUCAGAACUGCAUCACAUCUGGUUUUAAAGCACUGGAGCAGAUUCUGCAGCACACUGCUGGGCGCUACUGUGUGGAGGAUGAAGUUUCCAUGGCUGAUCUGUGCUUGGUGCCUCAGGUUUUCAAUGCUGAAAGAUACAAAGUGGACAUGGGUCCAUAUCCUACAAUAACCAGAAUAAACAAAGCUCUCCUGGAGUUAGAGGCAUUCAAAGUAAGCCACCCAUCCCGGCAGCCAGAUACUCCUGCAGAGCUGCGAGCUUGAAGCCCUUCUACUCAUUAAAUCAAGUAAGCUGAAGCAUCAAAGAAGAAAACAGGUACAGUUUGAGUAGGACUUCAGUACCAGCCAGAAGCCCUACUACCAUUGUCUCACUGUCAUUUGAGUGGGAAGACAGACAGAGGAUCUGGAAGUAGCCUGGGUGAUUUACAGGAGCUAUGCCUGUGCUGGAAAGUUUGCAGCUACUUCUGACUAUGUUUUUUCUAUCUGAUGUAUCUCCAUGAAGCAAUUAAAG